UGGCACGCUGAACACGUCCAAGCAUCAGGAGCAGAGUUACAGUACACGUCCACCUGGAUGACAUCCAUGUUUCUCUACAUGCUCAUCUUCAUGGCAUAUCAUAGCAGCAGAUGGAUACCAAGGAAUGAGAGGUUAAAAUUUCAGAUAGUGAAUGCAGUGUUCGUGGCAGUUGUUCUGGGUUCUCAGUUCUACGUCCUGGCAAGGCCAAAAUCCUCCAGAUACUGCAGGCAGCCUCUUCUGAACAACCUGUCAGCCUCCAUUGCCUUGUCGUUCAUAGCUUCAGGUUUUUCAGUGAUAUUCACAGUGUUAGACCCAGUUCCCCAGAGCUUGUGGGCUUCCUAUCAUGUGUUUGGGCUGCUAUCAUGUGGACAAGGACUAUGUACUGCCAUCCUGACUCUGACAGCAGCAGCAUGUGCCAAAACAACCCCAGAGCUGUACUACAUGUCUCUGAUUCUAACAGUGGCCACUAUUUUCAGUACAGGUAUUUACAUGGUGAGAGGAGGACUCUGGCUGUCUAACAGGCUGCCUGUGACGGACCCGAGCAGAAACAAUGAGCAGUAAAACAGACCAGCUGUCCCACGUUGAUAUUCAAUACUCCACAUAUUAAGAUUUCAUGUGGU